UUGCGUCCUCUGGUUGCCCUAGCAACCAUGAACCACCGGUUUAGUUCUCAGUCUGCAUUCAGCUCCAGGAGCAGGAGGGCCUACAGCAGUAGGUCCUCCUCAGGCUUUGGCGGUGGGAGACAGGCUGUGGGGUCUGUGUGUCUGGCACGGGGGAGGUGUGGUGGCAGUGGUUAUGGAGGGGGGUUUAGCUCCAGGAGUCUCUACAAUCUGGGCGGUAGUAAAAGCAUCUUUGGAAGCCUAGUGGGGAGGAGCGCCAGUGGUUUCUGCCCGGGUGGAGGAGCAGGAGGAUUUGGAGGAGGAAGAAGCUUUGGGGGUGGUGGCUUUGGAGGCAGUGGCUACGGUGGUGGCAGAUAUGGAGGCGGCUUUGGGGGUGCCGGAUUUGGCGCUAGCAAUUUUGGGUUUGGGGGCUUCGGUCCUGCUUAUCCUCCCGGGGGUAUCCAUGAGGUAACUAUUAACCAGAGCCUCCUGGAGCCCCUGCACCUGGAGGUGGACCCUGAAAUUCAGAGGGUCAAGACCCAGGAGCGGGAGCAGAUCAAGACCCUCAACAACAAGUUUGCCUCCUUCAUCGACAAGGUGCGCUUCUUGGAGCAGCAGAACCAAGUGCUACAGACAAAAUGGGAGUUGCUGCAGCAGGUGAACACCUCGACUCGGACCAGCAGCCUGGAGCCUCUCUUUGAGAGUUACAUCAGUCAACUGCAGAGGCAGGUGGACUUUCUGAACUCCGAGCGGUCGCGCCAAAACUUGGAGAUCAGGAGCAUGCAGGAUGUCGUGGAGGACUACAAGAGCAAGUAUGAGGAUGAAAUCAACAAGCGGACCAAUGCCGAGAAUGACUUCGUUGUUAUGAAGAAGGAUGUGGAUGCUGCUUUCAUGGGCAAAUCAGACCUGCAGUCCAAAGUGGACACUUUGUAUGGGGAGGUCAACUUCCUGAAAUAUCUAUUUGAUACGGAGCUGUCCCAGAUGCAGACCAACAUCAGUGACACCAAUGUCAUCCUAUCGAUGGACAAUAACCGUUCCCUGGACCUGGACAGCAUCAUCGAUGCAGUGCGUGUCCAAUACGAAUUAAUCACUCAGAAGAGCAAGGACGAGGCGGAGGCACUGUACCAGAGCAAGUACCAGGAGCUGCAGGUGACAGCCGGGAAACACGGAGACGACCUGAAGAACAGCAGGAUGGAGAUCGCUGAGCUCAACCGCAGCAUCCAGAGGCUGCAGGCAGAGAUCGCUGCCGUCAAGAAGCAGAUCGAACAGAUGCAUGGGUCCAUUGCCGAUGCGGAGGAGAGAGGAGAAAGGGCUCUCCAGGAUGCAAAGCAGAAGCUGCAAGACAUGGACGAGGCCCUGCAGCAGUCUAAAGAGGAGCUGGCCAGGCUGCUGAGAGACUACCAGGCAAUGCUGGGGGCCAAGCUGUCCUUGGAUGUGGAGAUCGCCACCUACCGCCAGCUGCUGGAGGGCGAGGAGAGCAGGAUGUCAGGGGAGUUGCAGAGUCAAGUGAGCAUCUCUGUGCAUAGCAGUCAGGUGACGGUAGGCGGAGGCGGCAGCUCAGGAGGUUACGGCGGCGGCGGCGGCGGCGGAUACAGGGGCUUCAGCUCCGGCUCUGCAGGCCUGGUCAGCUUCCACCGUAAAUCCUCCAGUAGCUCUGUGCGCCGCAGUGGAGGAGGCGGCGGCGGUGGGAGGUUUUCAGGAGGCUUCUGUGGGAGUGGGGGCUCUGGUAGUGGCUUUGGAAGUAAAAGUCUUAUUAACCUUGGGGGUGGCAGGAGCAUCUCCAUGAGUGUGGCUGGAGGUGGACACUGUGGUGGUAUGGGUGGUGGCAUGGGUGGUGGCUUCGGUGGUGGCGGCUUCGGUGGUGGUGGCUUUGGGGGGGGUGGUUUUGGCAGUGGAGGUGGUUUUGGUGGUGGUGGUUUUGGUGGUGGUGGUUUUGGCAGUGGAGGUGGUUUUGGUGGUGGAGGAUAUGGGGGCGGUAGAUUUGGGGGUGGUAUGGGGCCUGUCUGCCCCCCUGGUGGCAUCCAGGAAGUCACUAUCAACCAGAGCCUCCUGCAGCCACUCAAUGUGGAGGUCGACCCUGAGAUUCAAAAAGUGAAGUCUCAGGAGAGAGAGCAGAUCAAGACCCUCAACAACAAAUUCGCCUCUUUCAUCGACAAGGUGCGCUUCCUGGAGCAACAGAACCAGGUGCUGCAAACCAAGUGGGAGCUGCUGCAGCAGGUGGACACCUCCACCCGGACCCACAAUUUAGAUCCCUACUUUGAGUCAUAUAUUGGCAACCUCAGAAGGCAGGUAGACCAGCUGAAGAGCGACCAAUCACGGAUGGAUUCGGAGCUGAAGAACAUGCAGGACAUGGUGGAAGACUACAGGAACAAGUAUGAGGAUGAGAUCAACAAGAGGACCAAUGCGGAGAAUGAGUUCGUGACCAUCAAGAAGGAUGUGGAUUCGGCUUAUAUGAACAAAGUAGACCUCCAGGCCAGGGUGGACAGCCUGCAGCAGGAGGUUGACUUCCUCACAGCACUCUACCGUGAGGAAUUGUCUCAGAUGCAGACGCACAUCAGUGAGACCAAUGUCAUCCUGUCCAUGGACAACAACCGCACUUUGGACUUGGACGGCAUCAUCUCCGAAGUCAAGGCCCAGUAUGAUGACAUUUGCCAGAGGAGCAAGGCAGAAGCUGAGACAUUUUACCAGAGCAAGUAUGAAGAGCUGCAGGUCACUGCUGGUAAACAUGGUGACAGUGUGAAGAAUUCCAAGAUGGAGAUUUCUGAGCUGAACCGAGUUGUCCAGAGACUUCGAUCUGAAAUUGAUGCUGUCAAGAAGCAGGUCGCACAAAUGCAACAGAACAUCAGUGACGCUGAGCAGCGUGGCGAGAACGCUCUCAAAGAUGCUCAGAGCAAGCUGAAUGAGCUGGAGGAUGCCAUGACACAAGCCAAGGAGGAACUCGCCAGACUGCUCCGUGACUACCAGGAGCUGAUGAACACCAAACUGGCCCUGGACAUGGAGAUUGCCACAUACAGGACCCUCCUGGAAGGAGAGGAGAUCAGGAUGUCUGGAGAAUGCACCCCCAACGUGAGCGUGUGUAAUCUCUCUGCAGCGGUGAGCACCAGUCACACCAGCAUGAGCGGAAGCAGUAGCCGAGGUGGCGGCGGAUAUGGUUCCGGAGGUGGCAGCUACGGCGGCGGAUCCGGAGGUGGCAGUUACGGCGGCGGCUCCGGAGGCGGCAGCUACGGCGGCGGCUCCGGAGGCGGCAGCUACGGCGGCGGCUCCGCAGGCGGCAGCUACGGCGGCGGCUCCGGAAGUGGUGGCGGCGGCAGCAGCAGUGGGGGCCACAGAGGUGGCUCUGGAGGGGGCGGGGGCAGCUCCGGAGGCAGCUACGGUGGUUCCUCUGGAGGAGGCCGUGGAGGAUCCAGCUCCGGGGGCGUUAAGUCCUCUGGUGGCAGUUCUAGCGUGAAGUUUGUUUCCACUAGUUACUCCCGAGGGACCAGAUAGAGAGGUGCUCACCACCCCAUUAGCUCUCCCUUUCCAUCACGACCAAAUAUGGUUGACAAGACCAAGAUCAAUUGCACCAGCCUUAUUGGAGAAAAGAGCUAUGGUUAGUCGCACCAAUUUAGCCUAUUUCCUCUGCGCUUUUCCCUCCCCUGCUCUGCCUCCAAAGAAGUUUUCAAAUUAGUAGCAAUCUGAGUCCUCUGGUAACGACCCCACUUUAUGUUUUGCUCGAGUAACAGCUCAGAACUGCCACCACCUACACGACAUUUCAAAGAGGAUGUCAGACCCAGGGCUUCUUUGCUGCGCCCAAAGCACUCAGUGCUCUGGACCAGCCCUUAGCAUCCUGUAUCCUGCAGCUCGCUCAGCUGCUUUGGUUUUGUACAUACGGUGUUUGCGAGUUGUUUGUCUUUUAUGGAGCACUCUGAAACUUUCCCAUUUCUUUGUUUUGCUGCAAUAAACUGCAUUUGAAAUUCUCAA